ACGAUUUCUUCAUUUUCGAAAAAAAUGAAGACUAUAAUAAUUUGGUAAGACCGUACGAUGAGUUACAAGAUAAAGAUGAAAAAUCAUUCCCGGGACCAAUCGAUGUUCAAAAAGUUGUAACAUCAAAAUUGAAAAUCCAUCAAGAAGGAUUACUAGGUGAACUUUGUGAAAAGAAAAAUCCUUUAGAUAAUUAUGAUGCAUUGAUUCAAGAAAUUCAUGAUAAAAUAAUCACACUUUCGAUUAACAACACCGAAUAA